UUCGUUGUAUUCGUGGAGCACAACAAUCAAAGCAUCCUCGAGGCAAUCAAUAUAAGCAUUCCGUCAUCAGAGAUUGUGUUCCCCAGUUGAUCCUCCCUAAAUGUGGUAAAGAUGGUUCAAGGACAUUCGAUCGAGUUGCUCAGGUUGCCAACUGAUCCUCCGCCGUCACGAUUACCAUGAUGGUGGUGUUUCCCCUCGCUCGCCCUCUAGGUUCGACUAUAAGCAACUGUUCGAGGGCCGAGUAUAGGUACUGUAUUCUACGUUUGGUUCUCCCAUAUCAACCCCUUCGCUUGUGUCUUCCAAGUUCCAGGUCAAAUCGAAGCGCCCCAUCGGCCCAGUCUCCUGCCUUAAUAUAGCCUUCUCGCGUCUGCAAUGGCAUCCGAUAUCACGCUAUAUACCUACUUCCUAUCCUCUUGCAGCAGCGGCGUUCCGGUCCUCGUCUUCUCGUCCGAUUCCUCCGCGGGACCGUUCGCAAUCGGCCAGUCCGUCGCCACCAUGGAAUAUAUAGUGGAAGCCUACUCGUCCAUUCCGGCGCCGCUGCCGCCCCGAGGCGUUCUGCGAUCUCGCGCUCUUGUCCGCCAGCUCGUUUGCAUCGUUGCUAGAGAUAUGCAGCCAAAUCGAAUAUGAGGGUGCUCCGCCGCGUGGAAGAGUUGCCAGGAGGGUCGGGAGGGUGAGCAGGACAAUUCAUGGCGAUAGGAUUAGAGGCUUACGAGGCGGUGAUCACAAAGACGGCUGGAUUGUAUAGCGUAGGCGACGAGGUCACCAUGGCGGAUGUUCGCCUGGCCAUGGCGAUGUGGAAUGCCGAAAUAUACCAUGUGGAUUUGGAGCCAAUGCCACGGUGAACAAGGCGUACGAAUCUGAGUAAGUUGAACACGGUGACGAUGGCAUAUUAGAAGGUCUAGCCAGAUUGUCCGCCCGACCUCAAGGGUCAAUGAAGGGAGACUUCGUGGACCGGUUAAUUAUGUGCUAUUAGAUACACCCGAUAGCACCAGAUCCUCGCGCUAAAGUCCAUCAACAUGGCUGGCUUUGUCCCAG